CAGCAGCACAGACAGCCACAGAGAGCGUGUCAGCGUCUGUGAUUCUGCGGCGCGCUCCCGUCAUCACGUCAGGAGGCAGCCCGCUGGUCCUGAAGCUGACGCGGAUGAUCAUGGCGGUGAUUGAAGAGCAACGCUGAGUUCGUUCUUCCAGUUUUCUCCCCCUUUUCCAUUAAUUCUUUUUGAUUACAUAAAAGGACAACAUAGUGAAAAAAAACACUGCAGAUUUGGCCUUAUACCUUUCUCCACCUCCCUCCCGUCUCCUGAGCCGAGACUGAGAUGGGGAACGAAGCAAGUAUGGAGGGCGGCGGGCAGCCUGGUGAGCCAGGAACUGCUGGGAUGAUGGGGUCGGUGAUGACUGGACCUGCAACAGGACCGGGGGUAGGGCAGCACAUGAAGCCGGUCAACGGAGCUGCCGCAGGAGGGGGGAUGGGAGUCGGAGGACCUGGGAUGGAAAUGACGAGGGGUCCAAUGAGUCUGAUGGGUAGCCCCAAGCCUGGCAUGCAUCAAGAAGGCCAUGGAGGAAGAGGAAUGACAGGAAUAGGAGGAGGUGGAAUGGGAGGAAUAGGAGCAAGAGGUGAAAUAGGAGGGGGCACGGGCACUGGUGGAGGAAUAGGAUCCCGAGCUGGUGAGCCCUACCGCCUGGCCGCUCACGAAAGUCCAACUCCCCCCCGACAUCUGCAGUCAAGCCUGGGGCUCAGCACUGGGAAGGGCCCAGGUUCUGGCCAUGGGAUGGGUCACGAUCUAGCCGGGUCCAGCAUGGGAGGCCAUGGAGGUCAAAGUCCUGGUCAGCAUGCUUCCCGUCGAAACCUCCAAGUUGACUUCAGUGGUUCCAGGACAGGCUCUGUGUCUCCUGACCACGGAGUGACGCCCACCUCGCCCUACUCUGUGCCGCAGAUUGCACCAAUGCCGAGCAGCAAACUGUGCCCAGUUUGCACCACUACAGAGCUCUCCAACCGACCGACUGGACCCAACUACAACACCUGCACCCAGUGUAAGGCCACCGUCUGUAACCAGUGUGGAUUCAACCCCAACCCGCACCUCACUGAGGUCCAGGAGUGGCUGUGUCUGAAUUGUCAGAUGCAGAGAGCUCUUGGCAUUGAUAUGACCACGCCUCGCUCUAAGAGCCAACAGCAGAUUCACUCGCCUUCCCACCAAGCCAAACACAUUGUCCAGCCUCAGCAAUCUGCACCUCAGCCAACACAGCCAGCAGCAGCACAGCCCAAACGUUUGGCAGAGAGUCAGCCCACCCAGCAGCAGCAGCAGCAGCAGCAGCAGCAGCAGCAGCAGCAGCAGCAGCCCUACAGCGAGAUACAUCCCUACUCCCAGUCCCAGCAGAAUCCCCGAUCUCAGCCCGAGUCAUACCCUGCGACUCAGCCAGGGCCCCAGACUCAACCUCAUACCUCCCCAGGCUUGCAGAGACACGCAGUCCCCGGUGGCCACCAGACUCAGACAGUGCCUUUUCAGCAGGGCAUGAGGUCUGACCUGUACUCCCAGGGAGGUUCAGGAGCUCCAGGAGCUGUCAGAGGUCUCACAGGAGGCCCCAACCAGCCUGGGGGUCCUCGAAUUCCCCACACUGGCGCUGUACCCCUGCCUGGCUUGACCAAGGCACGCUCCCAGUCUGAUUUGGGUGUUGGUUCUCAAAUGUACCAGUCUAAAGAGUGGCGCCUUGAUCAGACCAGAAGCACUGGCUCCUCCCCAGUCCACAGGCCUCAGAGUCAAGCACCUCCUCCUGCCCAGGAUGGCCUGACCAAACUGUUUGGCUUUGGGGCAUCGCUGCUCAAUCAGGCUAGUACCCUGAUCAGUGUUGACCCUCUACCCACCGCCUCCACCCAGCCAAACCCUGCACAAAGCAAGGUGCAGUUCAGUAAUGCAACUCCUGACAACAGGCAGCAACAAGGGGCCCCUGGCACCAAACCAUUUGGUAUGGGUGGCCCUCAUGCCCCGAGCCAAAUCGGAGGCCCUUAUCCACCUGGCCAAAUGGGGGGUCCUCAUGUGCCGAACCAAAUGGGAGUUGUCCCAAUGGGUGGACCACAUGCACCAACCCAGAAGCAGAAGACCAUACCCAAUCAACAAGGAAUUCUGCAACAACAGUCGCACACGCAUCAUCAAAAACAAAUGGAAGGACAACAACAUCAGCAAACACCUGUUCAUCUGCAGGAACAGAAGCACGAGCCUGUGGUGGCUCCUGUACCUGCUCCAGAGCCUGUGAAGCCCAAAGUGAACUGUCCUAUUUGUAAAACAGAGCUGAACAUCGGCAGCUCUGACCCAUCCAACUAUAACACCUGUACACAGUGUCACAGCCAAGUAUGUAACCUGUGUGGCUUCAACCCCAUGCCACAUCUGGUGGAGGUAAGAGGAGUGUUACAGUAAAGUCACUCAUACACAGAUGCAGGUAUAUUCAAUUCAAUUUUUCAUAUAGGCCUAGUGCCAAUCCAUAACAAAAAUGAUCUCAUUGCACUUUUCAUAUAGAGCAAGUCUAGACUGUACUCUUUGUUAUAUUCAUAACAGACACCCAACAGUUCCCAAAAUG